AUGCCAGGUUCCGCGAUUGUUAAGUCAACAGAUUACUUCCACGAACCAUCUGAACUAACGUCGACAGCUCUCACGAAUACAUACAUACUUCGCGCCCGAAAUCAUAUAAGCCGUUCGGGAGGGGACUUCUACAUUUUCCUAUUUACAUAUUUACAUCUAAGGAGGAUCACUUCGUUUACGGCGAGUUCGGCUGCGGCUGAACUGGGAGCGAGAUACUUUCGCACGCACCGGCUCGUUAAAGAAGCGAAAGAAAGAAGUAGCCGGGCUCCUUCGAGGUCUUUCCGAGACGAGACACAAAAGCUCUCGGCGGUCUGCUUCACCGCAGUAGGCCGCAGCAGGCAAUGCGAAAUGGAUCAGAGCGCUCUACGAUGUGAAAUUGAGUCCACAUUUGGCGCUACCCAGGGAGCACCGCGCGGAGGUCAUGGACUAUGCCCCCCUUCAUUCAACAGACAAACAUACAUCUCGCUCGGUCCGCGCCGACUCGCUCCUCCGUCUCAGUCUCGGCUCAGUCGAAGCGGGAAGGCGGGAGGCGCGAAGGGCGCGGGGGACGACGAGCCUACGCGGAAACGCGAAGUCGAAGCGAAAAGAAUUAGGUUUUAUUGUCACAUCUCUUCCCGAACACGAACGUCCGUCGCCGGGCGCUCGCUCCUUCCGCGCGACUCAGUGAGGCAGUAA